AUGGAUAUUAAAUUUAAUGAACCAAUUAUGGAAACUAAUCAUUUAUUUUAUAAUUUAGAAUUAUGGCAUGAAGAAACAGGUCAAAAAAUUAAAUAUAAAGGACCAUAUGAUAUUUGUUGUGGUUCUUUUUUAGGAAACCAAUCUAAAAAUAAUUUAGAAAUUAAUUGUAAAUUACAAGAUUCAAAUUGUCCAAUUAUAAAUUUAAACAAAACAUAUCAUAUUAAUAUAGAAAGACCUUUAUAUUCCAUUUUAAAUGGUACACAUGAAGCUACUUUAAGAAUUUAUAAAUAUCAACAAUUAGAACAUGAUCCACAAAGAAGAGAAAUGAUUGAACAUUUAUGUUUAGACAUUCCUUUUAAACUUUUAUUACCUUCAUCUAAUUUAAAUAAUAAUGAAAAUGGAAAUGAAAAUAAUGAAAAUGAAAAUAAUGGAAAUGAUAAAAAUGAUAAAAAUGAUAAAAAUAAUAUGGAAUGGAAAUUAUCUGAUGAGACAAAUUCAAUUAUUGCUUUAGAAAAUAAAGAUGAAUUAUAA